CCCAGACGUUGGCGCACAUCAUGCGUCACCGCGCCCUGCGACGUUCAUGCUGGUGUGCUAAAUGCGGCACAAGCCUGCGCUAUAGCUUGCCCGCCAAUCUCGGCAGCUGCAGUCUUUAGCCAGCUGCGGCUGAUGGGAGUUGGAGCUUGGAUGGGGCCCGCCAACGGACGUGGCGUUGCUUGACAUCUCGUACAUGGUAGGGCAAAUUACAGCUGAAUUGGUACUUGCGAGCUCCUAGCUCAUUUCACCCUUGGGCUGACAGGGCGCGGAUAGCGUAUCCUCUUUUUUCUUCUUCCGCAUCCAGCCUGGGCCCAAGGCUGUAGUCAGUAGAGUCAUGCCUCGGACGCCUAGACGAGCUGUUGUGGUGCGAGACGGCCGCCCGAAAGGAGAUAUGCGAGCUCGGGUCAUACAUUCAUCCACUCACCUAUGAAUACAUAAGGCACCCCUUUCAGCCUUCUCGGGGCUUGUAGAUCUCAUCAUCCGCACAAAAACACCUUCUCGUUCACUCACCGUCUACAGCUCGGUCUUUCAUAUCUGUCACCACCGUUUCUCAACUUACUGCUCCCUUUUGUCACACUCUACUCGACUGAAAUCUCUCACCAUGUCGACCUCCAGUCACGUCCUCGAGAUGCCCAUGUGGCUCUUUGGCCUCCGCAUCGGCCAAGUCGUCCUCUCCAUCAUCUUGCUUGGCCUUGCCGCUGCCACUGGCUCCGGCUACGGUAUCGGUGAUGCUCCCGCGCUCGCCAUUGCCUGUGCCAUCUUCACCUGGAUCAUUGUCGCCUACAACAUUGUCACCGUCCGAGUCCCCCAGUACAACUCGCUCUACCAUAUCAUUGCCAUCUUGGCCCUCGACGCUUUCAUGAUCAUCAUGUGGCUCGCCACUUGGGCCCGUGCCGCUGAUGUCGCUUCCGCCCUUGGUGCCGCUUCCCGCUACUAUAGCAUCUUUGGCCGAUCUCUGCAGACUCGCACUCUUACCUGGGCUGCCUACAAGGGUAUCUACGCUGCGCUUGCUGGUCUCGGUGCGCUGAUGUGGCUCACCUGGAUCGGCACCUUCGUCUUCACCCUCAUGGCUUACCUCAAGGGCAAGAAGGAGGGCCGUUUCCCUCUCAACAACAACCCCACCACCAGCGAGGCUCACCAGAUGGAGGAGGCCAAGGCUCAGCCUGCCGCCGCUCCUGCUGCUCAACCUGCUGCUCAGCCCGUGUAUGCCGCUCCCCAGCCCGGCUACGAGCAGAACCCGUAUGAGGCUCCUCAGGCUCACCCCCAGCAGCACCAGCAGUAAAAGAAGAGCGUCCUUCCUAAUUUGACUGGCUUUGCUGGUGAAUCAUGAUUUUUUCACUUUUUUUCUGUUUAAAUUGAUAGAGUAUUUGUUUUUGUCGGCUGGGAAUGUCGAUUUGAUACCAAGGCUGCGAGCUGUAUAAUUGAAGACUUAAUACCAGUACUGUUUGUUUUUACACGCUCCUUUCCUUCGUGUAGUGCCGUUUCUUUUAAAUACGCCCCUAUUAAUUGCCUCUUCAAUAAUACUGUAUUUAGUGAAUUGUCAAAAAUUAAAUUGAAUAUAUU